AUAUAUGUCCUGAUCGUGGGAAGAUUCAUUAAGAGUCCAGAUGUGUUAGAAAAUUGUAAAUGGUCAUGUAUGUUUGGGGAGGUAGAAGUUCCAGCAGAGGUUAUAGCAGAUGGUGUUCUUCAUUGCCACACUGCAACACGAGGCUAGCAGGGUUUCUUUCUAUAUCAUGCACUCCAAUGGAUUAGUUUGUAGCAAAGUGCUAGAAUUUGAAUACCGAACAGUUCAUACUGAAGAUGUUAACACUGCAGAAAACUAUAAUAGCAGUGCCAAUGACAAUCUUCAAUUGCGAUUUGAUGAAUUGUUAAGCUUAAGCUCCAAGUUAACUAUUUCUGACACCAGCAGUUUGGGUGAUAUAUCCCAGUUGAGCAGUAAAAUCAAUACCUUACUUAAAGAGGACAUCUUAGGAUGGGAACGAAUGUUAAAGCCUAGAUCAGGGGAGGAAUUUUCCUCAGAAAAAUUUAAUGAGAAGCUCUUUCAGAAGCUACUGAAAGAGAAGUUGCAUGUAUGGCUCUUACAGAAGGUAGCUGAAGGUGGUAAAGGCCCUAGUGUAUUGGAUGAGGGUGGACAAGGUGUUCUACAUUUUGCAGCAGCACUUGGCUAUGAUUGGGCUUUUGAGCCUACUAUAGUUGCUGGUGUUGGUGUCAAUUUCCGUGAUGUGAAUGGAUGGACUGCACUUCAUUGGGCAGCGUCUGGUGGGAGAGAGCAUACGGUUGCUUCCCUCAUUUCAUUGGGUGCAGUUCCUGGAGCAGUAACAGAUCCGUCUCCUACUUAUCCUUCCGGCAGAACACCUGCUGAUCUAGCCUCUGCCAGUGGACAUAAAGGAAUUGCUGGAUACCUUGCAGAGGACGCUUUGAGGGUCCAGAGUUCAUCCCUUAAUUUGGCUAAUGAAGAUGAUGAUAAAAAAGGACCCAAAGCAGUGCGGGAAAUUUCAGAAAGAAGUGUAACUCCACUUAGCUUAAGCAAUGCACCAGAUAGCCUGUCAUUAAGGGAAUCAUUGGCUGCUGUCUGUAAUGCUACCCAAGCUGCUGCCCAAAUUUAUCAGGUUUUCCGAGUGUACUCCUUCCAAAAAAAGAAGUUAAAUGAGCUUGCGCUUUCACUUUUAGCAAUCAAGUCAUACAAGCCAGGACAAGAAGAUGAACUUAUACAUGCAGCUGCCACAUUCAUUCAAAAUAAGUUCCGUAGUUGGAGGGCUAGAAAAGAGUUUUUGAUAACCAAGCAGCGAAUUGUUAAAAUUCAGGCUUAUGUGAGAGGUCACCAAGUCAGGAAACACUAUAGGAAAAUAAUCUGGUGUCUAGGAAUUUUGGAGAAAGGGAUCUUGCGUUGGAGAAGAAAAAGAAGUGGUUUGAGUGGAUUUAAGCCAGAAGCAGUUACCGCAGCUCCCAAUAUGCAUGAAAAUUCCUCAAAAGAUGACGACUAUGAUUUUCUGAAAGAAGGCAGGAAACAGGUAGAAGACAGGAUACAAAAGGAGCUUGCUAAGGUCAAGUCUAUGGUUCAGUACCCAGAAGGCAGAGAGCAAUAUCGCAGACUGCUGAAUGUUGUCACUGAGAUCCAAGAGAAAAAGGUUAGUGCCCUGAGUCCGGUUGAUUUUGAUGAAGACCUGAUAGAUGUUGACGCAUUAUUAGAGUAAGACACUUUCAUGGCCAGUGGCCACUGCAACUUGAGGCAUCUUUAAAACCGCAUGUAAUAAAGUUACUAGAGAUUUCAGAAAUGCCAGCCAAUCGCUGGUGUGAACGCAGGCAUAUCUCUCCAAAAGCACUGGUGAGUCACUCCCCUCAAGUGCCAUCCAGGAUUGUUCUACUCUGGUGUUUGUCCCUGUAAACGCUCAAAUGACACCAAAGCAGAGACACACACUAAAUUACAUGCUGAAAUGUUCAAUAAAUAACAGUAUCACUCAUAGAUGAGAAAUACUUCUGGUACAAGUCAUUCUGUGGAUAAGGGUAGUUUAGGUAUUUCAGGUUUAAACCCGAUUAUAACUUCAAAUCAAGAUUUUGAAGUUAAUGGAUGCAACUUCGCCAAGGUGCUAUAAAUUGUAUUUCCCAUAAUUGUAAGUGAUGGAAUGUAAGCUAUUUUCUUCUUCCUCUCAUCCCUGUAUCUUGCUUUCCUAACUCUUCUUCUUCUCUUGAUCUUAUCUCAAAAAAUACUUCUCCUAAUC